AUGCCUGCAUUUAUUAUACUUUUGUGUUUCAUUUUUUAUUAUGAAGUAAUUGCUUUGACUCCACUCCCAAUACAAUCAAACGAUGGUUUUUGUGUAAGCUAUAAAAUGGGCAAUUUACUGUAUCUUGGACCAGCAAAAACAAUGACGAAAAUGAUUGGAAGGGUGCAUUGUGAAAUGAGCUUUAUGAAGCAAAAAGGUUCAAUUGAUGAGCAAAAAAGCAAAAAGCUCGCUAAAGCGAACAUCUGUUACAAAGAGCAACAAGAUGAAAUGAUUGCUACAGCUUUUGCUGGGCCGUUCAAUGGUUGGGGUGGACAAAAAAGAUUCUUUAUUUGGAGGGAUCCGUUGGACCGUUUCUUAUCGAUAUAUGGACAUAUAUGCAGGCGCGAACAUCUUUGUGGAUCAGCCGGAAAAAAUGUUCACUCGUUCGCUCGUGGAGUCUACGAAAUGCUCAAAUCGGGACAUGCACCAGAUGGAUCAAAAGAUUAUUUACGACUCAAGCAUCACGCAAUUCCACAAUCAUGGUACUGCGAUAUUUCAAAACAUCGCAAGACGGAUCAAGUCAUUGAAUACACAAAGAAUUCAGCAUUAAUGCAGAAAAAGCUGGAACGAGUCUUCCGCACAUCGACUGUUCCUAAAUGGAUGUAUAAACAAGCUCUGAGACGGGUUGUGGAGGCACAUGUGAACGAUAACAAAAAACUACGUGGACAAUAUGUGCAAUGGCGAAGAGAAAUACUGACCCAUCCAAAUACAUUAGCCUAUUUCAAAGCUAUUUAUCAUUCGGAUUAUACUUUAUUUGGGAAAGUUCCUCCUGGUUCGCCAAGAAAAGCGGUAAGAAGAGGAACAAGAAGGAAUUGGAGAUUGAUUCAUGUA